GGGGGGAGGAGAGGAGAAGGGAAGAGAAAGAAAGGAUGGAACACACCUCUCUGUCUUUCCACCAUGUGGGGAUUCACACCCAGGUUGCUGGUCCUAAUGGCCUAAGUGCCUUUAUCGGCAGGAGCCAUUUGCAGUCCUGGUACCUCACUCCUGCUGCUCUGGGAAGGAUUGAACUCAUUGCUUUUCUUCCCCAGUGUGGUUCUCCUGCUGGAUUCUCUCUCCAGGUCAUCAAACAGCCCAAGCUGAAAACUGGAGCCCCAUCACUGCCGCCGCCUCCAUUCUGCUACAGGGUUUUAAGCCCUUGGUCUUCUUCCCUCCUCUACUGCAGAUGUUCACCUGAGAUUCUGGUGUACAGUGUGAUGAUUCCAGAGCCAGCCUUUGAUAGUAGUCUUCCUUUGGAUGGAAGCAUACAUUUCCUCUCCUCCAGCCCCCAGCUGAUAAAAAGGACUUUGAAGAGCAUACAAGCACCCCGUUUUCUUUGGAAGACCAGCAUGCGCCUUUGGCGGUCCAGCUAACCAACUCUGGGCACCACAUUUUCUCCCCUUCAAAUAAGCUAGUCAUCUCUCGUGCUUGUGGUGGGACAGCCUGCUGCCAGCCUGCAAAUGUGGCCUGUUAAUGACGUUACUCCUUUCAAGCCCAUGAAGAACACCUUGGAAGGAGGAGCAGGGCCCUGCCUCUGACCGCCCCUCUCCCUUAGUGAUGGAGGUGGUCAGGUCAAGAUCACCUCUCAUCAUUCCUAAUGCACAGCUUCUCCCUGUUCCUUUGUUUACAGGUUAAAAGGCAUGGGUGUUUAAAACCGAGAUUCAUGAGCAGAGGGGAAAAAAAUGUGCCCCUGUAUUUUCUUUCUAAAUUUAGUGAAAUCGAUUCGAGGGAGAGUGGUGUUGGUUUAUGUGUGUGGGAGUCGCGAGGGGGUUCUUCUAAUGAUACAUCUACUUCAAGAGCUGUGGCCUCUUUUAAAAGAUGCAUAGAAGUGCAUGCUAAUGUAAUGGCCUCUGUGUCGCUGCCUGAAAGGUCCCAUUAACUAGGAGCAGACUAUAAAAGGACUGGAGAUGAAGGCGCGCAGGAAGUGCGGGAGACAGAAAAGGCCUGGGGAGAGAGACUCCUUCUGUGGUGGGAGAAGGUCCUGGGUUGUCUCCACCUGGAUUCCCAUGAAGCACUCAGAGAUGAUGAGCUAUGGGUACCAUUGCCAAGGGCGGGGAUGCAUCAGAUUUAGAGAUGAGACCUCACAUAGGUCUCGAGUUGCACCGGGAUAGUGAAACAAUCAUGCUGUAUUUGAUCUUCUAUUAGGAUCUGAACUCCUAUUCGGCAACUCCGAAACGGGCCCUGUAUACAUGGCUUCCGGCCUGUCAUUGGAAUCAAAUAUCAAAACAAACUUUGAGGUUUCUUUCUCUAGAGGUGCCUGAGUCUGAGGAGGAUAAUUUCAGGCUGGACUUGGACACAGCUUGACCAUGAAAGUGAUAUUUUUUUAAGCCUACAAGGAAUUUGGUGGCAUUAAACAGACUCUGCAGUGAGUCUUAGGAGUGUCUGGCCCCCAUUCCCAACUGAUCUCACACUUUUCCAAUCUAAACUUCCUCUGAAUAUGAGUCUGACAAGAACAAAAUUCUUGAAGACAGAAGUAAGUCUCCCGUACAGUUCUAAUUCCUAAGAACAGCACCAGCUGAAGACACACAUGGGCCAUGGCUUGUGUUUACACUAGCAGUCUGAUGUGGUCACUAGCUAGUGUUUACACUAGCGCCGCAGUGGUCACUGCAGUCUGUGGAUAACUACUGUGACCUUGUCUCUAGUCCUCAAGGACCCAGAGUUUGAAGGGCUUUAGUAAGCGAGGCAAGUUUAGAUUUUAAAACAUGUGUUUUUUUUCUAAUGGCCUUGUAUGCCACCUUGCAUCAAAUCUUAAAAGCACAUGUGUGUCUCAGAGAAACAUUGAGUGGAUCAGCUCAUAACUAUGCGACACAUCAAACUCAUUUCCUUUCUGUCUGGCUCUCUGUCUUCUGGCUCUCUCUGUCUCUGCCUCUGCCUCUGUCUCUGUCUCUCUUUCUCUCUGUCUGUCUCUGUGUGUGUGUGUGUGUGUGUGUGUGUGUGUGUGUGUGUGUGUGUGUUUGUAAAACUGCAAAUGGAAGGGAUAAUUCUUGCUUUGAAAUAUAGCUGGGGGGGGGGUCACAUUAAAACAGAUAUUCAUUAGCUGUUCUAAUUUGAACCAUAUCCAGGAAACCUGACAGGGUCAACUUGGGGCAUUUGGAGACCUAGAGCUACCUUGUCAGCUCACUCUUCCUCUGUCAGUCUUGAGAGAAAUUGCUAAUGUAAGGUACCUCUUUGAAGACAUCAAUACCAUUAACAUAAUGCUAAUGUGAGGAAAUCAGCAGACACUGAUCAACAUCUCUUGAAAAGAAGAGAGGUUUGACCUUGUGGAGGUAAACCAGCAGCUGGUCCUGUCUGUGUGGCUGGCUCCCAGGUAGUCUGGGGGCAAAGAGACUCAAAGGUAUUUUCCUUGGAGGCCUCUGACUAGGGUCCUUGGGUCCUUAGUAGAGUCCUGGAGGGAAACCAGGCUAGAGUCUGUUCUGUUAAUCCCACUGGUUAACACCAAGAUCACUGCCACAAUUUUGAGCCCAAUUUGAAGCAAGCUUUAACUAAAUACUGAUCAGGAUGAUGGACUCUGGCUAUGCCCAGUCUGGGCUUCCCAGAAAAUAGGCAUGAGCUACAUGGCCAGGUGCUUAGAGAGGCAAACCCACAAGGCUACAUUCAAUUGGGCUGCAGUUGGCUCAACCAAACUUGUUUAGGGAACUAGAAACAUAUGGCUUGUUCUCUUAUAUGGACAACAGCCUCCAGCAUCUCAGGAAGAAUUGGUCCUUGGACAAGGUCUCCCAGGUUAGAGGAGUUUUGUCUCGUAGAUCUCUUAGGCACAGUAAUUAAAACUUAAAACAUUACUUUGGCUCUUAGGGUUCACUCCAUCUCACCUUCUUCAUACAGACAAAGUUGCUUUGACUUCUUCCAUGGGAGUCUGUAAAGAGAAUCCUGCUUUUAAAUCAAGUUUAGGAGCCACAUUUUAGAAAAUAUGCUUUGGUUUAUUUAUUUAGACCAUGAACGAAAUAAUCUAAAUAGUCUUGCAAAAUGAGUUUGGGUCACUGGGGAGACUGAAACUCAUUGGUAGGAGGAAGAAUGCUCAGAUGGGACAAGGCAAGGAAGGGGCAAGCUCUGGAAUCUGGAGUAGGUGCCUGGAUUUGACUCCUCAGCUUGUCAUUUAGAGACAUUGUGUGGUGACAUUGCUUAAGUCCUCCGAGUGCUUCAUGCAUAAAACAGAUGUGUGAUUGUUUCAAGCUCACGCCACUGCUACCACACAUUGCUACAAGCUUAGCUGCUUAGAGGAAUAAGCAUGAAUUAUCCUGAAGAUCUAAUGGUCAGAAGUGUGGAAUAGAUUUUAUCAUGUAAAACCAUGCUCCCCAGUAGCUCCUGGAGAGACUGGGCUCUUCCCAGGCCCCAUCUACAUUCCUGGAUGUGAGGCACCUUCUCCAUCACUGGCCCACGCAGAACUAUCUCAAGUCUGCUUGACUCUGGCCGUCUGCUUCCUUCAGCACAACUGACUUCCACCUUCCUGCUUUCUUCACACUCUAAAUCUUUGAGGGUCCAUCUGGAUAACCCAUGAUCAUCUUCCUGACUUCAAGGUCUUGGCCCAAGUACCUUUCCUUUCUGCCAGGUAAAGGAGAAUAUAUUCACAUCAGGGCAUCUUUGUAGAUUGCUCCAGAGGCUAAAAUGUUAAUGACUAUAACAUGAUUAAAAUGAAAUUUGGCAUAAUAUGUGCUAAAUGUAACAAUAUGUAACUAUAGUUCUAGUUGAAUUUGGCUUUGGCAAUAAGGUGUCCCUUCCCCAGCCCGUGGCACACGUGCAGAAAGCUUAUAUGCAUGGGAAAUGGAUCUGUGCAGCAACAGUCUUCUGAGGUCCACUUUAUGCAUCUUUCAAGUAAAUAAACUGCCCCCCCCACCCCCACAACGGUGACAAUGCAGAUUAGGGAGGGAUAGCAGGAGGCUUCCUCUUGGAAUCUGACACUUUUCCUCAUAAUCUCUGUUAAGGGUGACAACAUUCUACAGAACUUCUGGUCCCCUGGGUUUCUGGCACCCUAUCCUGAACAUCAAAUAUAAUGUUAUCUGUUUGUGUCUUGUUAUGGUGGUCGGGUCACAUGGUCUGGAAAUAUGAUGCACAAUGAACUCUCUAAUACUAGGAAGUUGGGAAUGUCUCUAGAAAGAUAAGGACCAGACGUUGUUUGUAUUAAUUUCCCAAGACACUGUAACAAAUUUCUACAAACCAGAAGGAUUAAGACAAUAUGACUUUUUUCUCCUCCUCCUCCUCCUCCUCCUCCUCCUCCUCCUCCUCUUCUUCUUCUUCUUCUUCUUCUUCUUCUUUUUCUUCUUCUUCUUCUUCUUCUUCUUCUUCUUCUUCUUCUUCUUCUUUCUUCUUCUUCUUCUUCUUCUUCUUCUUCUUUCUCUCUCUCUCUCUCUCUCUCUCUCUCUCUCUCUCUCUCUCUCUCUCUCUCUCUCUCUCUCUCUCUCUCCACAAGGGAUAAGUACAAAACAUUUCUCAGAGUUGCAAUAAAAGUGUCAGGUUGGCCAUGUCCUCUUAGGGGCCAUCAGUGACAGUCUGGUCCUAUCCUCAAUCAGAGUAUUUGGUAGCUGUGGGCAUCCCUUGACUUGUGGCCAGUCUGCCUUCAGAUAGGUACUCUUUUCUUCCGUCUCAGCACUCUUUCUGACCUAGCUGUAUAACCCAGAGUGUGGGCCUCCUCUCAAGAUCCUUAGCUUCCUCAGAUGUUAACCAUAGAAGAGAAUAUUUAUCCUUUCGCAGUAACAUCCCCCAGGUUCUGAAGAUUAAAAAGGGAAUGUUCCUUGUCUUGGAUGGCAUGGCGUUGGGAGUCAAUCAGGCUUGUCGGGAAUAUGGGAGAAAUGGGUGAAGCUUUUCUGAGACAACUGAGGUUCCUCUAUUGAUAGCUGAGUGUCAGAGCAUCUUUGGUAUUGUCUGAAUACUUCUCUAAGCACAAGUAUUAAUGAGGCAUUGUUAGGAGCAACCCCGAACAAAAAUAACCCUAAUUGAUAUUUCUCCCCUUUGGGAGGCUCUGCUAUGGUCUGGGUCUUAAAUGUCCCACGAAGACAGCUUUGUUUCACAGUCCAUUUGUCUCCAUUGCUGCCCCACCCACCCCCGCCCCUCGCAGGCCAAAGCAAUGGGGCCAAGUGGUGACAGGUUGAACCACGAAGCUAAAAUAAAUCUUUCCCCUCCACUUAAGUGGAUUACCUCAAGUAUUUUGUCAUCGUGACAGGAAGCUGACUAACCUAGGCUUCCAUUGAGCAAAUUAAAUAGAAAAUACAUUUGUAAACAACUGAAACCUCUGAGCAAGAGAGGAAAUAACAGGGUGACCUCCAGAGGGGCGCUGAGGCAGAGGGAUGGCAGUGGUUGACUGCCUCUCAGGGCUUCCUCACUUCUGCACGUGGAUGAUUGAUGAGACGGUAUUAAUUUCUAUUUUAAAAAAAGGCAUAAAGCUUAUUGUGUAUAAUAAAAGGCAGACUAAAAGUUGUUGCAAAAAGCAUGCUUGGAAUGUGUGUGGGCGGAUGUAAGGGAGGUUAAUGGGUGUGUGUGUGUGUGUGUGUGUGUGUGUGUGUGUGUGUGCACUGGAGAUCCACACCAGGGUACUGUAAGUGUUAGGCAAGCCUUCUACCACUGAGACACAGUUGGACCAUUUUUAUCACUUUUAAUUUUGGAACAGAGUCUCACUAAGUUCUCGGUUUGCACUUGAACUUACUCGUAGCCCUGGCUGCCCCGUGCUCCUUCUGGUUUACCUGAGUAGCUAGCACUACCGGCCUAAUCCACUAGGCUCACACUGACUCUGUAAUUUCGAUUUGUAUAAGUGAAAUGACAGCUAUGGGUGUGUUUUAAAAAUUGUAAAAGCCACAGAGACAUGAGGUGUUUGUAUUAACCUCAUGGCAUAGUAACUCCUGCUUAUCAGUUGGUUAGAACCUGAGUGAAUGCUGAGUUUGUAAAUGUUGAAGGGGGUGGGGGGGGGCGCCCAUGCCAAGAAUCCAACAUCACACCUGUCUGCUGGGCUUUCCAAGGACAGCCAUGUGCAGCCCCUGUAAGACUCUCAAUGUCUCAUCUGCAUUACUCCCUCUUGCCCAUCAUAUCUCCUCCACAGGACUAGUUAUAUAAUACACUAAAGCACGCAGAAAAGGUGGUAUCUGUGAAUUUUAACCUAAAAUGAGUUAAUUGUCUCACCACAAAGCUAGGAGAGUAUGAUAUCCUGAGCACCAUCAGGAAUGAAGGUACCAGAUUCAAGUCAAGUACAACAUGUGACAGCCAUGCCUCUGCCUCAUGGAGGAGGUCCAAGUGUUUCUCUUUGAAAACCCUGGCGUGAGACAGCGCCAUGCUUUCUUCUCGGCAGCUUCUAACCCACUCGCCCUGCCUGGAGGACACUUGACCCUGACCCCCCAUUCUGUACUGGCUGAAUAAUGAGGACACAUUGAUAUGAAAAGGAACUCGCCCGCACUCCCUGACAAAUGCACGCCUUAUUUUCACAAUAAUUUGAAAAAGGAAUACAUCAAAAGAACCCGUGCUCAUUAUUGAGGAUGAAACAAGGAAAAUGUAGAUUUUUUUUCCCAGGCUUUUCAGCUAAAUAGGGCCAUUCUUCCUUUUAACUAAUAAUAGAUCUGAUAGAAGUUAAAACUGGUACAUGUUGCAGACAGCUAGGAAGGUGAGCUGUGUGCACCAAGCCUUCUUGUAAUCCUGCCUUGCAGUGGCCCUUUUCCCUCUGUGUGGACAAGACCUCUGCCUCCCUUCCAUGCAACAGGAGUGAAUCCCUGUCAUUAGAUGUAUGUAACAGUGUGGUUGUGUUACGUUAAGUUGUAGCAUCUGUAUCCCUGAGACAUCUUCUCUCUCCAUCUCUUUCUCCUUUGCUGGCUCUGAGGCAUGGCUCCCUGUACAAACCAAGGCAGCCUCCAGCUUAUAGCCUACACAGCACCGAAGCUCCAGGUCCCUCUGUAAAUGACUACAUCGGAGUAAGCCUUCCCCAGCAGAGUUAGUUGCACACGAGAGCUUCAAUCUUGUUAGAGUCGGACCAGAAAACCCCAGGAGUCUCACCAGGACUCCUGACCAAUGGAGACAAGAAGAUAAGAACCUCACGUUCUUAUGGUUCUAAGUUUGAGUAAUAAUACUGUUAAAUAACAACAGAUGCUAAUAUAAGGUUUUAAAAUUUUCCUCCACCCAUACCAUGGCUUAUCUUAGGGGGAACGAUAGAAACAUCUAGGUCGUAGGAAGUAAACAACUGCUAGUCAUUUUGUGACUUUUUAAUUUAUACUUAGAAUUGACAUCAUUUUCCUCUACAUUUUCCUUGAUGCAUUUAAAAUAACAAACACAGGGCUAUUGAGAUGGCUCAACAGUAAACUUAUUUUUCCCUCAAUGUCAGACAACCUGACUUCAAUCUCAGGGACCAGUGUAAAGGUUGAAGGAGAGAAGCCACUCCAGAACGUUUAC